GUUUUACAAUGAUUGCCAUUUUUUUUUGUAAUCCACACUACCCACCAAAUUCAAGCUUUUAAAGCGUCGACAUCGAAAUUCACACUCAGCAAAUAAAUAAUUCCAAAGUUAAAUUGGUUAAAUAAAUUGAUUAAGAAUGUCGUCUCUUUGUAAAACUCGACUCCAAGAGGAGCGCAAACAAUGGAGGAGAGACCACCCAUUUGGUUUUUUUGCAAAGCCUAGUAAAUCCUCCGAUGGCGGUCUUGACUUAAUGAACUGGACAGUUGGAAUUCCUGGUAAACCUAAAACUUCAUGGGAGGGCGGUCUUUAUAAAUUAACUAUGACUUUUCCUGAAGAAUAUCCAACGCGUCCCCCCAAAUGCCGAUUUACUCCACCUUUAUUCCACCCUAAUGUUUAUCCUUCUGGCACUGUUUGCCUUUCUAUCUUAAAUGAAGAAGAAGGCUGGAAGCCUGCUAUUACCAUUAAACAGAUCUUACUAGGAAUUCAGGAUUUAUUAAAUGAUCCUAAUAUAGCUUCUCCUGCCCAGACGGAGGCUUACACAAUGUUCAAAAAAGACAAAAUAGAAUACGAAAGGCGCGUCCGCGCACAAGCUAAAGAAAAUGCACCAUAAAAAUAGAGCUACAUUUCUUUUCUGUAUCCCUAAUUUAUAAAUUAUUGUCGCUGUUGACCAGAUA